AUGGCUGCCACUCCCACUGAAGACGAAAUCAAGGCUCUUGUAGCAUCUGCGUCUCCCUACAGUCCCUCGAAUAAGGUCAAGCUGGAGGCGUACUUGCGAGCACAGGCCACCGGAAACGCUGCUUAUUCGUUUGAAGCCAAUCGCAUUCUGAUGAAGUUGUAUCAAUUCUUCCCUACCACUGCUACCGUGGAUGACAAGGAAAAGGAACGGACCAAUUCAUCCCUCUCCUUGGUCUUGGCAUUGCUGCAGUACCCCAAUACCACGGAUCUUCUAGCACUCAGUUGUCUGAUCCCUGAACGACUCAAAGCCCAAGAACCUUGCGCCAGCAUUCUGCAAUGCGCCGAAUACUUGGAUGCCUGCCAAUUCACCGAAUUUUGGAAUGUCUGGAAAUCUCUGGAAACCAAUACUCAUGCAGCCAUUGCAGCUGUUCCUCUGACCAAACAUCAUGCAGUGCUUCAGGCUGGAAUUUGCUCGGUAUUGGCACUCACCUAUCGAACGGCGCCGCUCAAAACGGUCCUGGCCGCACUGGACAUUGCCUCGGGGGCAGAAUUGACCAGUCGCCAAGAUUUGGUGGGAAUUGAUAAGGCAGAUGCCAGCAAUGUCUAUUUUGGUGCCACUGCCGACAAUACCAAACGAAAUCGAGUCUUUCAGGAUGUGGACUUUACCUCCAUUUCCAAUCUCAUGGCCAAAAUUUCCAAGGAGUAG